AGAUUGUUGAGUGUGGUACAUUGUGCGUUCUUUGGUUACGCUAAUUAUCGGAUUGUGUGAUAAGACAAACCGCCACCCUGCAUGAAUAGCUUGGCACCUUCGCGUACAUCGAUGUUCACAGAGUUCGCUAUUAUCGUGCCCUUGAAAUCCGUGUCAUUGGAUCAGAGAAUUACUUAAAUGCCGGGUCUAUUUUUAACCUUGUAGCCAGAAGAGAAGAACCUAGAACGGGUCGGAACAGGCUGAAAGCAAAACAAACCGUCGCAUUUAUAGUGCUGUCCGAUAGUGCAACCAGAAGACAAAGUACUUGAGGCGGUUCUAUCUAGGUGCUGCAUAGUCUUGUUGCUCAGACGAAACCGAAAAGAUAAGCCUCCAAGAUAAGUGAUGUUUCAGGAAACAUAUUGAGUUUAAGCUUGUGCGUCUGUAGUUGUGUGAAAAAUUUUAUUGCUCAUACGUUUCGUUUCUGAUUCGAUUGUUUGUAAUGCAGAGAAGCAUAAGUACGGAGGCAAUUACAUGAGAAGGAAAAAACGCAUCUCGAACCAAACAAUCGAAGAGCUGUGAGGAAAAAACAGCAUAUUCUUAAUUAAGCUCGAACGGAAUAUUGAUUAAAAUUGAAGCCAAUUAAGUUGUGCCGGCCCACGUGGUGUUUACAAACAAAUACCGGCGCGUCAGAGCUUUGAAUAUUUGUACAACUGUGCGCUGUGUUACGCCGCCGCCGCCGUCAGCUAGGCUGAUUUGAGAAGCAACGCCUCGGCUGUGAUUGGCUUCAUUGAUACCAGAGAGGAAAUUACUCAGUGAUUUUUUAGUAGUCAAGAAGCGGUUUCAUAUUCUACUCAGACGCUUUAAAAACUUCAGUCCAGACUGAUUGCAAAACCAGUACGAUUCAGUUGAACCUAAUUUAAGUGAGAGUAGCCGAUUUGUCAGAUAAGUCUGUCAGCCAUCCCACCUGGACGGCUAGACGCCCUGCAUCGGAAUGCCAUCGUCAAGCCACUCGUGAAUCCGCAAGGUGAUUCGACGUGUUAAGAUUUGCUGGAGUUCGUACAGCGAUUCCCAAGAUAAAUACUAGCGCAUGUUAUCACCAUUUCACCUGACUUGCGUCACAACUCCUCCCAGUUCUUCGAUGUAGUUGGCAAAGACUUGCGUUACGCAUCAAGAUAUUUUUCUCCCACCGGACCAAACGAUGUCGGUUACCAUCAUACUGUUCUACACGUUCGUCACAGUAUUUAUGCUGAUGGCGUACAGCCCAAAGCCCCGCAAAAUGCUGGAGUCGAUCAAAAGCUUCCUACUGCAACUAGUACACCUGAGCGACAAGUGCGCUGCAACAUCGCAAGCAACCGUCACUGGUGGUCAAGCAGAGCAAUGCAGCAAAAAGUAUACUGUGUGGGAUAUACCGGGUCCCACACGAUUGCCGCUGGUCGGCACAAAGUGGGUUUACUAUACGGGGCGGUAUAAGCUUAGCAAAAUGCACGAUGCUUUCGUGGAUUUGCACAGACGCUACGGAAACAUUGUGUUGGAGGUUGACAGUGUUCCAAUUGUCAAUUUGUUCGACCGUACUGAUAUUGAAAAGGUUCUGCGGUAUCCUAGCAAAUAUCCGUACCGACCGCCAACGGAAAUCGUUGAGUAUUACAGACGCAGUCGGCCGGACCGAUUUGCUAGCACCGGAAUAGUAAACACGCAAGGUGAGCAAUGGCACGAAAUGCGAGUAAAGUUAACUACGAGCAUUACCUCGAGGAAGGUUCUACAAGCCUUUGUACCAACCUUGAAUCAAAUCUGCGACGAGUUCGUUGAAUUGAUCCGCCGGAAACGAGAUGAGAAUCAAUGCGUGAAAGACUUUCAGGACGUGGCGAACACAGUGGGUCUCGAAAUAAUCUGCUGCUUGGUUUUGGGGCGUCGUAUGGGUUAUAUGAGUGGAGAUAAGUUGAAGAAUGAGAAAUUCGCCAAAUUGGCGGAAGCUGUCAAGUCUAGCUUUGUGUUCAUCAGUAAAAGCUACUACGGACUAAAGCUGUGGAAAUAUUUCCCGACAGAUCUGUAUAAAGACUACGUGCGCUGCGAAGAGAUUAUCUAUGAUACGAUCGCUGAAAUUGUUUACGAAGCCUUGGCGGAAGAACAGAAAGUUUGCAAUGAUGACGAUAUGCGAAGUAUCUUUUUCAGCAUUUUACAAACUGAAGGAUUGGACAUUAAAGAUAAAAUUGCUGGUAUUAUUGAUUUGAUUCACGCUGCUAUCGAAACGUUUUCCAAUACAUUAUCAUUUCUAUUGAAUAAUUUGAGUCAACAUCCCGAUAAACAAACCCGAAUCGCGCAGGAGUUUCAUGGAUGCGAGGAAAUUAUAACUACUAAUGAAAUGGCAUCUGCUGCUUAUACUAAGGCCUGCAUUAAAGAGUCCUACCGUGUGUCACCAACUACACCAUGUUUGGCCCGAAUUCUGGAGGAAGACUUUACACUGUCUGGCUACCAUCUUAAUGCUGGGACAGUUGUUCUUUGCCAUACACGAGUAUCGUGUCAACAAGAGGAAAAUUUCAACCAAGCUGAAAAAUACCUGCCAGAGCGCUGGCUAGAGCAAAUGGACGAGAAUCAGAAUAUCUACAAAAUUGACGAACCUGGAACGUCCCUAGUGCUUCCGUUUGGGACGGGGCGACGAAUGUGUCCUGGUCACAGAAUCAUAGACAUUGAACUGACGCUAAUUGUAGCGAAGUUAUUUCAGCAAUUUGAAAUCGAAUACCACAGCCGGCUGGACACGCAGUUCCAGUUUCUGCUGGCUCCCGGCACACCGAUAGAGAUUAUAUUUAGAGAUCGAAACUGAGAUGAAGACUUCACGAGGAAGUUCUACUUCAUUUCUGCACCUUACUUUCCUAACAUCUGUUAUCUAUUGUGAUUAAGAGUUUAGUAUCUAAUUCUACCAUACCAUAACGGUAGCCAGACUUGGAUGAUAGCUAAAGAUAAAUUUUGAAAAUCAUAUUGAUUAUGUCUGUCGAAACAGAUUGUUGAUCUGUGUACUAGUACUGAUUUAUAUAAAGCAAUUGGACUAUUUUGUAUCAGUAUAAUU